AUACUCGUUGACGAAUUAUUAACAGCGUUUUUUCGAGAAUAUUCUACCAUUUCCUGAAUAACAUACGAAUUUGUAUUUUACAGUCAAGCCGCAAGCGAUUGAUUUCCUGAAUUAAAUUAAAAAGAUGAAAUAAACACUUCGAUCAAAAUCAUACAUUCACGCAUAUCUGUUUGUUUUAUAUAACAAAAUUGGUAUAACGAUGGAAGACAAAGGCCUAAGUUUUGCUGACCAAUCCCUUGCUCUCAAUUCUGCAGAAGAUGCCAAAACUAUAGUGACCGCAAUUGAGAAAUGUCCAUGCUUGGUCUACUUCAACCUCCAGGGAAAUACACUAGGAGUAGAAGCAUCAAAAGAAAUUGGUAGAGCUCUCGGUAAACACGGUUCCCAUCUUAAACGUGCUCUAUGGCAAGACAUGUUCACUGGGCGCCUUAAAUCUGAAAUUCCUAUUGUUUUAGAGCAUUUAUCAACUGGUUUAUUAGCAGCUAAUGUGCAUUUAUCUGAGCUCGAUCUGAGUAAUAAUGCAUUUGGGCCCAUUGGAAUGGAAGGUUUAGUUAAACUUCUAAAUUCACCUGUAUGCUAUGAAUUACAAACUUUGCGUUUAAUGAAUAAUGGAUUAGGUAUUGGUGGUGCUAAAAUGUUAGCAAAAGCAUUGAUAGACAAUUACACAGCGAGUAGUGCAGCUGGUUCUCCUUUUAAACUUAAAGUACUUGUGGCAGGAAGAAAUCGUCUUGAAAAUGAUGGUAUCAUUGCAUUAUCACGUUUUUUCAGUCUUGUAAAGACAAUGGAAGAAAUAACUAUUCCUCAAAAUGGGAUUUAUUGUAAAGGCAUAUUAGCACUUUCUAGUAGCUUAUUAGAUAACCCAAAUUUAAAAGUGCUCGAUGUUCAAGAUAACUUACUCACUCCCCUUGGAGCUGAAGCAUUAGCCAAAGUUCUACCUAAGCUAAAAAAUCUAAAACGUCUAAAUAUUGCUGAUUGUUUAAUAAAGUCAAGAGGUGCCCUGGCAAUAGCAGAAGCAUUAUAUAUUCAUGAAUCUCUAGAAGUUUUGGAUGCUAGCUAUAAUGAAAUCAAUGGAGAAAGUGGUUUAAAACUGACUAACUCUGUGUGUAAUAAAAUUAGCUUGAAAGAAUAUAAUGUAAAUGGUAACAGAUUUGGUGAUGAAAAUAUUGAGGAAAUAUCAAAUAUGUUAAAAGUAUCUGACAAAGAUGAAACCCUUGGUUCUUUUAGUGGUGAUGAAGGUGAAUGCAGUUCUGAUGAAGAUGAUGAUAAUGAAGAAGCCGAAGAAGAAGAAGAAGGAAGUAUGUCUGAUGAAGAUACUUCUGUAACUGAUAAGAAUGAAAUUGAUAAAACAGCAGUUCUUAUUAGUGGUAUAAAAGUUGGAGAUUUUAAAGUAUCUGAUAAGUCGUCUGAAAUAUCGGAUAUGAAUGUAUUUGUCGAUCAAAUUAUGGAUAUUGCUGGAAAAUAUAUAGAUGACCAAGAAACUUUAAACAAAUGUUUUGAGCUUUACAAGAAAGCAUACUCAAAUGCUACUAAGAACAUGAAAUUUCUUGAACUCACAAAUAUGUUGUUAGUUAAACAUGGUUUGAUUAAAAGUGAAGACAAGCACUACCAACUUAGAAAAGAUGUUGGUAGAUGUUUAGAAGUAUUGAAACAAGCUGUUGAAAGUAAAACUGUUAUUCCAGAACCAUCUCAAUGUGUUUUAAACUUUAUGCUAAAGAAAAAGUACACCGUCUAAAUAUAUUAAUUGUUAUUAUAAUUACACUUUCCAUACAAUAGUAUGUCAAUAAUUGUGUAUUGAUUGCACAGUUAAAAAAAAAACUUACUACUAAUAUAUAUAUAUAU